UGUCACUCCAAAGACCAGUGCCCGAGGGGAAGCAAAGCAUAACCAGCUUGCCGCGUCUAUUCGAGGCAUGCUGGAAGGGGAUAGGUACUUACUCGAUAUGAGUAUUUUCUUGCACGCUUUGUUAUUUCAAAAUUUGGCUAGCUUUGGGGCGGUGUGGGCCACUCUGAGAGGAGGCCUCUGACGGUGCGGGCGCUCCUCUCUUGGAGGGUGCCCUGACUCGGUGCCCCGUGUUGUUGUUUUGCGGGGGGGCUGCUUCUUUGAACUUCUAACAAGGCGGGAAACUCGGGGCGCAAGCGCGCGGGAAAGGAAAGCCCGUUGGACAUCUUAUCGGGCUCCGUGCUUUGGGGAUCCAGCUACAGCGGUGCGGUGCGACCUAUUGGCUCUCGGUCGCAGCCAGUAUAUACAUAGGAAACGCCAGGGGCGCCCCCCUGCUUACUUUUUCUGUCUGGUCUUGCUAGCGCAGGUAAGAAUGAAACCGCGGCGCGCUUCGUGUGUUUCUACUUGUGGAGCGUUCUUUGCCUUCUCCUUAUUAUCUCCUUUGUGCUUGAUCAGCGUUGCAUUACUCUUGUGAUUGUUAUGCCAUAUAUGAUACAUAGGUGGCAGGCUACAGUGUACUGAUAUGUUGUUUUUUGUUUCCAGGCUCGCGAGUUCGCCACCACACUCGGCACCGCUAGCGGGGAAGAUUGCUGCGACGCCAUCUACGACGGGACUUCUGAUGACAGACCCGACUUCGAAUAAGCCAGUCAUUUCUAGUACAUCACACCAGCCAAACAAGACG